GCCGGAGGUACCGGCGGCCGCCCGUCCUCAUGAUGGCCUCAACUACCACCUGCACCCGGUUCACCGACGAGUACCAGCUCUUCGAGGAGCUCGGGAAAGGGGCAUUCUCCGUCGUGAGAAGGUGCAUGAAAAUCACCACAGGACAAGAGUAUGCUGCCAAAAUUAUCAACACUAAAAAGCUUUCAGCUAGGGAUCACCAGAAACUGGAAAGGGAAGCUAGAAUCUGUCGCCUCUUGAAGCAUCCCAAUAUUGUGCGGCUUCAUGACAGCAUAUCAGAAGAAGGAUUCCAUUACUUAGUCUUUGACCUAGUCACUGGAGGUGAACUGUUUGAAGAUAUAGUUGCAAGAGAAUAUUAUAGUGAAGCAGAUGCCAGUCAUUGCAUUCAGCAGAUCCUGGAGGCUGUGCUCCACUGCCAUCAGAUGGGCGUUGUCCAUCGCGACCUCAAGCCUGAGAACUUACUUUUAGCUAGCAAAUCCAAGGGAGCAGCAGUAAAACUGGCAGACUUUGGAUUGGCUAUAGAAGUCCAGGGAGAACAACAGGCUUGGUUUGGCUUUGCUGGUACUCCAGGAUACCUUUCUCCAGAGGUUUUACGAAAAGAUCCUUAUGGAAAACCUGUGGAUAUGUGGGCAUGUGGUGUCAUUCUGUACAUCCUCCUGGUGGGAUAUCCUCCUUUCUGGGAUGAAGACCAGCACAGGCUUUACCAGCAGAUCAAGGCUGGUGCUUAUGAUUUUCCCUCUCCAGAAUGGGAUACAGUGACCCCUGAAGCAAAAGACCUGAUCAAUAAAAUGCUUACCAUCAACCCAGCAAAACGUAUCACAGCAUCAGAAGCACUAAAGCAUCCAUGGAUCUGUCAACGUUCUACUGUUGCCUCUAUGAUGCACAGACAAGAGACUGUAGAUUGCUUGAAGAAAUUCAAUGCAAGAAGAAAACUAAAGGGGGCCAUUCUGACAACUAUGCUGGCUACCAGGAAUUUCUCAGCAGCCAAGAGUUUACUGAAAAAGCCGGAUGGAGUUAAGAUAAACAACAAAACGAACGUGGUAACCAGCCCCAAGGAAAAUAUUCCUACCCCGGCGCUGGAGCCCCAAACUACAGUAAUCCACAACCCUGAUGGAAAUAAGGAGUCAACAGAGAGUUCCAAUACAACCAUCGAAGAUGAGGAUGUGAAAGCUCGUAAGCAGGAGAUUAUCAAGGUUACCGAGCAGUUGAUUGAAGCUAUCAACAAUGGGGACUUUGAAGCUUACACAAAAAUCUGUGAUCCAGGCCUUACAUCUUUUGAACCUGAAGCUUUGGGUAAUCUAGUAGAAGGGAUGGACUUCCAUCGGUUUUACUUUGAAAAUGCUUUAUCCAAAAGUAACAAGCCAAUCCACACCAUUAUCCUCAACCCUCACGUCCACCUGGUGGGUGAGGACGCUGCCUGCAUCGCCUACAUCCGGCUGACGCAGUACAUGGACGGCAGCGGGAUGCCAAAGACUAUGCAGUCAGAGGAGACACGGGUCUGGCACCGCCGCGACGGCAAGUGGCAGAACGUUCAUUUUCACCGUUCAGGGUCACCAACAGUUCCUAUCAAUGCCUAGCACAGCGGGAUCCCAGUCAUGACUUCGGCCCCUAGAUGCUACGCUAAAAAUAUCAGCGGUGCCGCUCUUGUGUUUUCUGUACCCAACGCACCCGGUUGAAUACCAUCUUGGCCAUCCCGUUCUCUUCAUGCAUGUUUCUGAGUGCAUGAAGUUGUGAAGGUUCUUCAUGUAACACAUUUUGUGAUGCACCAUGUUGCUGUAUAUUCCAUCUGUACACUGUUAACAUUUCGAUGAAGGUGAUGUUCCAUGCAAAUAGAGGAUAACGAGGCGUAAAAGACAAAAUAGUCGAUGGACAGCAGUAGACACAGGAUACAUUUGUCACUUUCUCCAUUUAUGCCAAGUUUUGACAGACAACUUUAAAAACUAUCCUGUUUAUUAAAAAAAAAAAAAAGUUAAAAGAAAACCAGUACAUUUUACCUUGUUUUGUUUUGGUUUUGUUAAGAACUGUUUUUUGACUCUGUUUCCCCAGAGUCCCAGGAUUUUGCUUUGGUUCUGGUAGGCACGGUCAGGAUUUCUGCUGGCAGCUCCGUUACUGGACAACAGAUUUUUAUGACAGCACGUAGGUGGACGAAAUCACUGAUAAAUGUGGAAGUGAUAAUAUCUUGGUUUUGUACCAGCUGAAGCUGUUUAGUUUAUUAGUCUGUGUAAACUGGAAAAAUCUCAUCAUUUACUGGCUUGGUCGCUUCAGAAUUAACCAUCAGUGUCCUGGGGAGCCAGCAGCUUCUCUUUUCCCUUUUGACUCUUUCCUUUCUUACCAUUAAGUCAAAAUCUCUAAUGGAUGAUUAACCAAAAUACGAAAAUUAUUUUAGAUUUAAGUGAUCUUUGAGGGACAGUUUUUGAGGACUAAAAUGGAAGAAUAAAGUUUUUUAUUGCUUCUAGGGUUUACUGUAGAUUUUUUUAAGGAUGCUUUAAAAACCUCUAAAAUGUUGGUUAAGCUGUAUACCAGAUGUGCUUGAGAAAUAUUAGGCUGUAAAACUUUAGUAUGAAGAGUUUACUUUCCACUGCUGCUGUUGCUUCUUUGGAAACAAGAAGGCCUAUGAAGAUGAUUAGGGUACUAGAACAUCUCUCUUACGGAGAAAGAGACUUGGGGCUUUUUAGCCUAGAGAAGACUGAGGGGGAACCUGAUCAAUGCCUAUCAAUAUUAAAGCUUUUGUGGGUGUCAGGAGGAUGGAGCCAGUCUUUUUUCUAUGGUGCCCAGUGACAGGACAAGAGGUAAAAGGCACAAUCUUGAACAUAGGAAGUUCCUUCUGAACAUGAGGAGGAAUUUCUUUACUUUGAGGGUGAUGGAGCACUGGAAUGGGCUUCCCAGAGAGGUGGUGGAGUCUCCAUCUCUGGAGACAUUCCAAACCCACCUGGAUGCUGUCCUAUGCAACCUUCCAACCCCUCUCAUUCUGUGAAGCAUGUUGUGGAUCCACCACAUCUCUUGUAAGACUCUUAACACUUGAGCACAGAUUGGUUUCUCCUCUCUCUCAGUCUGCUUGUGGUUUCUCCAAUCCCUCCCGCAGCAUUACAGGAUGAAGGACGGCAUCUUUGCAGCCUUACUAGCCCCUGGUGGCCCUGACCCCUUGCUGCCACCGCCUGUGCACUGCGUGGGGAAUGCUCUCAGUGUCAGCUCACGACACAAAGUGUCACAGGGACUGGUUCUGCUUCCCUUACACCUGGCUGUGAAAACACAUCCUUGCAAGCUUUUAGGUUAAUUCCCUAGCAGAAAGCCAGAGGGCUGGGUUAUUUUUGUCAUUGUUAAUUGUUCUGUUCCCAGCAGGGCUCACUGUUUGCUGCAGCGCUGUACAGUGCAUGGUAUCUCAGUCAAUGUCCUUUUUAGUGGUGACAAAUCUACAAACUCAGCAGUCUGGAUUUUUUAAAACAGGAAAGCUUCUUAAUUUGUAUCAUUUCACCUUUCUGUGUUGAUUACUAAUCAAAAGCAGUUCUUAAACAUGUUGAUGUUGUUACUAGUGGAUGUAUGAUAGAUGGAUUUAAGCUUCUCUGAUAAUUACUACAUGAUUUUAAACAAUAUAUAUUUAAAAUAAGCAUCUACAAUAAAUGUGUUGAGCCAUAUUAACCUGCCAGUGGGAUCUGUGAAAAAAAGUAAUGGCAUCUUUUUUUUUUCUUUUUUUUUUCCUCAUCAAUUUAUUUUUUUUUUUUCUGUGAAGCAGCUAUAAGUGGCAUAAAUGUACUUAAAAUUAACAAAUUAGGUGUAGGGUGGGGUUGGUUUUGGGUUGGUUUUUUUUUUUCACUCCUAACAUAGCAUGUGGUGUUGACAUAUUAAUGUAGACCAAGUUUGUCUUCCACACCAAGCCGUGAGGAAAUUGUGAUUUGUUCUCUCCACCACAACUGAACUAUUACACUUCUGUCAUUUUGGAACACUGCAGUUUACCAUGGGACACAGUGUACAUAUUUCUUGCCAUAAUGGUAAAUGAUUGGUAUAUUUAAGAACUAAUAAAUUUGUGA